UAAUUUCUAGUUUAAGUUAGGUGAUGUUAGUGUAACUUAUUUUUGCAAUUGAUAAAAAUGGCGGAGAACUUGCCAAUCAAAGUUGGUGCAAAGGUUGAGAUUGUGGGAAAGGGAUUGACGGGUGUCAUCUCCUACAUUGGAACCACCAUGUUUGCAAGUGGUAAAUGGAUUGGAGUUACAUUGGAUGGAGCACUUGGUAAGAAUGAUGGGGAAGUUCAAGGAAAAAGAUAUUUUACUUGUGACCCAAGUUGUGGUGUUUUUGUUCGACAAGGUCAGAUUCAGGUACUACAAGCUGCUACCCCACCAGUUGCUAAAAAGACAGUUGGAGAAUCCAUGCUGCCAACAUCAUUGAAACGGGUUUCACAAAGGGAGCCUCGAUCUAGCAGUCCUUCUCGUCAAUCUCGUCUCCAAACUCCUUCCUCUCUUGCUCAACCAAGAGCAGGGUCUCGAUUAUCUUUUGCUCCAAAACAGGAGCAACUUCCCGAAACUCCCAAACCUGCUCAGAUUUCCAAACCUGCUCCGGAACCGGUGCCAGUACGAGAACCAAGUCCUCCCCCUCCAACUACUCCUGCUCCAUUCAGUUCUUCUAACUUUGUCCCUGGUAUUUCAAUGAUGGAAAUUGAUUCUCUAAAAGCUUCUGUUAAAGAAUGGAAGGAAAAAUAUGAAACUAUCCGAAUAAAACGUCAGGAAGAUCGAGGAAAGCUGAAAGAAUACGAGAAGAUAAGGAUUCAAUUUCAGCAACUCACGGACGUUAAAACGAGAAUGUCGGAUCAGAUUCAAGAUCAAGCUAAACAAAUCAGGGAAAUUAAAAAGGAACUGCAAGAAACUGUAGAAGACAAGGCACGCUAUGUUGAUGAAAUGUCUGAUGUUCAUGAAACAGUGGAGAUGGCAACCUUGGAUAAGGAAAUGGCCGAAGAAAAAGUUGAAUCCAUGCAACGUGAGAUUGAAGCUCUUACUGAUAAAGUGGAAGAAUUGCAAACUGAUCUUGAGAUUAUGAAAGCAGAGAUUGAAGAAAGUGGAACAGAUGGAGCAGCAUCAACUUAUCAAGUCAAACAAAUGGAGGAACAGAAUAAUAAACUAAAAGAAGCACUUGUCAGAAUGCGGGAUCUCUCAACUGCAGAAAAAGCCGAGUAUCAUAAUCUAGAGAAACAGAUGGAGAAGAAGAACAAAGAACUUAAAGAAAUUACGCAGAAGAAAGAUAAACUAGCUGCAGCUUUGGAAGUUGCUGAAUCAACCGUGGAUGAACUAAAGGAGCAAGUAGAUAUUGCGCAAGGAGCUGAAGAAAUGGUGGAAACACUGACCGAGAAAAAUCUUGAGCAAGAGGAAAAGAUUGCAGACAUGUUAGAACAAAUACAUGAUUUGGAGUUGAUCAACGAAAUGAAUGAGGAGCUGCAAGAGAACGCUCGUGAUCUUGAGUUGGAGCUGAGAGAGGAGUCGGACAUGAUGCGAUCGAAAGUUCGAGAGAUUGAGAGGAAGUUACUCGCAUCCAGUGAUGUGGUUGGUGAUUAUCAGGAUACCAUCCAGAAGUUCCGGAAGUUAGUCCAAGAGCUCCAAGAUGCAAAUCAUGAGCUAAGGUCCUCCCAGAGUGAGCAGGAAGAGAGGUCGGAUGCUGAGAGUCAAUCCUCCCAACCUCCUUCAUUCAAUUAUCAAAUCAAGAUGGUGGAAACAAAGGCAGCUGCUCGAUCAAUUGACCACGAACUCCGUAAGCUCGACGUCUCUCAGGCAACGAACCAUGCCAAACUACUCCUCAUGUAUAUGCCUGAUAUGUUCAAUAGAAGAGCUGGUGACAAUGAUUGUGUUCAAGUUUUACUUCUGGUUGAGAGGAUUUCAUGCAAAGCUCAUAUUAUAGCUGAGUUAAUAACUGAGAAAUUUGAGUUAAAUUCAACUCCCAGUGAUGUUGGAGGUACACUGGGUGAACAACUUACAUUUGCAUCGUCUGCCGUGCUUCAUUUGACUCAACUACAAAUCUUACUUGACAAAUAUAAUGAAGCACUCGGUAUAUGUUCAGUGGAAUUGUUCCAAAAAGUUGGAACACUUUACCACGAGAUGGCGCCACAUGAAAGAAUACUCGACCAUCUUGCUGAUCUACUAAGGAAAGAUACAUUGGAUGAAUCAACUAACAUGGAACCACUGUUCAAAGCAAUCCAAUUCUUUCAGCAUUUAUUCAAUGUCCACAUGAAGAGUGAAGCGUUUGAUUGCACAACUUUACUCCAGCAACAUCUGACUCAAACACAAGCCUCCAUAUCUGCUGUCUCAAUCAAUACAAACAGAAUAAAAUCUCUGCUUCAGGUGGGCCAGGAAACAAGUGACGUGGCGAUCCUACUUAAAGAUCUAGGGACAUCUUGCGACGAUAUUCGACAGUUUUGUAAAAAGAUUCGCCACAGAAUGCCACAGUCUUCUUCAUCAAUUAAUGUGUCAACUAGGUUGGAUUUUGAUGACAGCGUCAAAUCUCGAUUAUCAGAGAGUUUGACGAACAUCAGUCAAGUAUAUGAGCUUACAAAGAAGUGGGUGAUGGAAUGUGGCAAGUUGAACCGAAUAAAUGACACAUCUCCUAUUGCAACUCCCGCCAUGCAAGGUGCACUUGAUAAAGCUGCGCUUACAGUAUAUGAGGAUCAGCCCGUGUAUGAAGCAGCUCGUCUAUCACUUGGUAAUGUGAUGGCAACUAUGAAUGCAAUGGUGACAGCAAUGCAAGAGGGAGAAUAUGACAGUACCAACCCCCCAGCUAAGGUUGUUCCUCCUGUAGAGAAGCGAGCAGAAGUUGUUAAGUCAGACAUGAUGGACAGUAAUGGCUUGGUGAAGCAAAUCGAGGAUAAAGAUAUUUUAAUCGCUGAUCUGAGGAAAGCUGUUCGGGUGAAGACAGAAGAUAUGUCAGAAGCUAAAAUAAGAAUUGGAAUUCUGGAAAGAAAACUGGAAAAAGCUGGAAAGGAAGGAAAUGAUAAAGCAAGUCUCAUCCAACUCAAGUUAGAUUCAUUAACUGAAGAUAUGAAGAAGAAAGAAAAGGAGUAUGAUGAGACACUCGAUGCUUUACAAAACGACAUCGACACGCUUGAGCGCGAGAAGACCGAGUUAAAAGCUCGCCUUGCAUCGCAAGCAAAAAAGAGCGUCUUCUCAGAUCUUGGUAUGAAGCCCAUCGGACUUGGAGCAGCAUCACCUGGAACAUCAUCAGGAGUUGCGUCGAUCCUCGCUGCUGCAUCAACAGGAUCACCAGCUCCUGCUGCAGUUCAUGACUCACCAAUGCUGACUCAGCAAAUACAUGCGCUUCAAAUCGCACUUCGUGCUAAAAAUUCUGAGUGCAGUCGUCUGAUGGGACGAAAGAUUGUGCAAGAAUUAAAGACGUUGUCUCCAUUAACGCUCCCUUCAAACGAUAAAGUUCCGAAAGAAGUUCACAAAAUGGGAUCGCAACUCGCAAAACUUAGCACUGAUCUCACCAAGCUCGCCAUCACCCCAAUAAUUGACAUAAGCAACCGGAAACCCGGUCCAUACCCGGUCGGGAGCCACUCACCGCUAGAGGCGCUAAAGGACCAAAAGUUGCAGUUGAAACUUGCGGAGGCAAAGGUUCAUGAAAUUGCGUUGAAAACUCAACAUGUACUCUCGUUGAAGAAGAACAUGCAAUUACGGAGUCAACUUCACGAUUUUUCGUCACCGGCAUUAAUCAACGAAUUAUCGGCAACAACCCCGAAGUUGAUUGGCACGAUUAAUCAUUCGAACUUAGACGUAAACUCGAAACAUAUCAUGAUGAACGAAGAACAAUUUGAAAAGCUCAAUUCUUUAAUUGGGAAUCGGUCGAUCGUCUCAUGUCGUUGAUGGGCAUAUCGUCAGGAUAUUUCAAUUCUUGCUUUUGGUGUUAUCUUGUUUAGUUUAAUAUGUGUAACCAUCCUACGCGUCUUAAACGAGUAUUUGCUGUAUAUGUAAUCAUCACAUGGCUGCUUUAUAUAGAGGUUCACUAAAUUUACCAAACUUUUUGUUUCUUUGCUUUACGUGUUGGUUUCCCAAUGUUAAUAUAGUAGGGUAGCGGGAGACGGCACACCUUUAGGAUAUAAUAUACAAAUAUUUUGAUCUUGUUUUUAACAAUUAGUAACGGUCUAUAGGCGUUAUGAGCGUACGGUUUUGUAAUUAUUUGGAUGUUCAUUGUUUACGACCUAAUGGGACGAGAAAAUAAUAGGAAAGGUGUCCCAUCUUCCCCCACCCUACUUUACCACAUUAGCGUUGUCAAAUUUGCAUUUACUGUUUAUUUUGACCUAAAUGUAACGGCGUGCAUGACAUGUUAGAAUAUUAUCUUAUGUACGCGUUGCUUCAACUUACAUUUGACGGUAUAGGAUCGCUCAAAAUUAUCCUUGUUAAAUACCAGACAAAACGGAAGUUUAAAAACCCUCCAAAUGCAAUUGAGACGCUGAAGAAAUCUCCUUUUGAUCGUAAUUACUUUCAUAUUGAAGUUUAUAUUCAAUACUGUCCUCUUAAUUGUGGUAUUGAAGUGGUUGAGUGUGGAAUGACCCUUUUGUUGUACUUGAGAAAUUGAAUCAUUUAUUUGUUCUGUUGUCUAGUAAAGCUCGAU